UGAAGGUCAUCUGUUAUCACACUCGACUUUAAAAAUAAACAUGCUCAAUUUUUAAUGUCAAUUCAUGUUGAUCUUUGCGGUGAUUUGCACUUUACGAACAUAUUAAAUUUAAAUUUAAUUCGGACUCGUUUAGUUCCGUUUUAUGCUGGAUCGAGUGCAGUUGUCAAAAUCAAAAUGAAUCGAAUUAUAAACGAUAUAUUUUUGAUACUCUUAGUACAACAAUUUUCUAGUGCUGCAACUGUCGUAGAGGAGACUUGUGAACUGAACCGAGAAAUGGGAAAACAAUGCGGCUCAAUGUUAGACUACUUUCGUCAAAUGAAAGAUGAGUUUCAAGAAAGCGUAACAAAAGAUAUAAUUAUAAAGGAUUUAAGAGAAAAGUUGGUUCAACAGGAAGUGAAUGAGGCAUUAAUAAAGCAAUUACGAUCUCAAAUCGAUUAUCAAAACAGAAUAGAUAGUCUAACUGAGAGCAAUGAGAAAUGCAAGGUCGAAUUAGAGAGUAAAAGCAUGAAGUUAGAUAGUUUAGAUGCUGAACUAAAAGAGCUAAAUUCUAUUCUUACUACAAAGAAUAAAAAAAUUGCUAGAUUGAAUAUCAGCAAAAAGAAUUCAGAAUUGCAGUUAACAGAUCAAAAAAACAAAAUACAAGAAACAGAGAACAAUCUUAAAUUGUGUGAGACUGAAGUCGAGAAAUUAAGUAAUCUGGAGUCUCAGGUUGAUUUAAGGAAACAAACUAUGGACAGACUAACAACAGAAUCAAAUCUCUCUGAAGAAUGUAAAAACGAUUUAGUAGAUAAAUCCAACAAAUUAAAAGUUUGUGAGGUUCAAUUGAGCAAACUAAAUAACAACCUUAUUGACAAGAAUGAAAGUAUUUCGAAAUAUAAUGCAAAGAUCCAAAAUGUAACAGAAUAUCAAAAAACAAUUGAGUUGCAAUUCAAGGAGAGUCAGGCAAAGUUGCUAAAGAUAGAAAAAGAUAAUCAGUUAUGUGAAGCGGAAAAUGAUAAAUUAAAUAGAACAUUACACAAUAAUAUUCCAUUGGAUUGUUCUUCUUUUGAAAGUAAUCCUGGAAUUCAUUCGAUCAACCUUCCUGGUUUUGGUUUCUUCAAUGUUCUAUGUGACAAUUGGGUAGAUGGUGAAAAUUGGUUAGUCAUUAUACACCGAGUUUUUAAUGGAGAGGAAAGUUUUAAUAGAGAUUGGGCCACGUAUCGUGAAGGAUUCGGUUCCAUGCAGAGUGAAUUUUUUCUUGGAUUGGAGAAAAUCCAUCGUCUGACGAGCUCUCGACGCCACGAGCUAUAUGUUCAUUUGGUUGCCAAAGAUGGCAGCAUUUACACCGCUCGUUAUGACGAUUUCAAAAUAUCUGAUGAAGACAGUGGAUACAUCCUGAAUUUGGGUAAAUGGAAUGCACAUGAUCCCAUCACACUUAGCUACCAUGAAGGCAUGAAAUUCACAACAUUCGAUCGAGACAAUGACAUGCGUGGUUUUAAUUGUGCCUCGUUAACCAAAUACGGCUGGUGGCACAAAGCUUGCUCUUUUUUGGAAUGA